AUGACUCGACUGAAAAAUUUCAAAUCGUGGACAAAAAAAAAAUCAACAUCAACAACAACAUCAACAGCAUCAACAACGACCAGCCAAUAUCAACGGGCAGAACAAACCACAAGAAUGUCAGCAGAACCAGAAGUAGCACCAUAUGGAGGAUUUAUGGUUAAAUCGUUAGAAGAAGAGACAAAACAACUCAAUGAUUUAACUAAUCAUCAAUAUGAAAUAACAACAUUAGAAGGUAAAACAGAAACAAUACGUCCAGAAUCUUUAAAAAUCAUUGGUGUUGAUAAUCUAUCAACUAAAAAUAUUGAAAAUUAUAUUAAUUAUUAUAUAAAUUAUAAUCAAAUUGAAUAUGAAGAAGUUGAUUUAAUAACUAAUGAAUUAAUAAAAGGGAAAAAAUUUCAAUUAAAAGAAAAUCAAGAUUGUAUUGAUUUUAAAAUUGAAUGGAUUAAUGAUGAAUCAGUAAAUGUUACAUUUAGAAAUAUUCAAGAUUCAAAUAAAGUAUUAAAAGAAUUAAGAAUUGAAGAAUUAAAAGGAUCUUUUGAAGAUGAAAUUACAAGAGAUGAAUAUUUAAAAAAUUGUAUUAUUGAAACUCCUGCUAAAUCAUAUAAUCCAAUAAUUGAAUUUGAAAAAAUUCAAAAUUUAAAUGGUUCAAAUGAAACUAAACAAGAAGGAGUUGAUAUGGAAGAAGAUGAAAGUUCUAUUGAAUUAAUAAUUAGACAAUCUUUUCAAUCUGAUAGAAAGGUUAAAAAUGCAAGAGAAUAUUCUCGAUAUUAUUUAAUUCAUGGUGAACCUGAAAGAACUAAACAUCAUCAUCAUCGCCAUCAUCAAAAUGGUAGAAGAUCUUAUCGAGAAAGAGAUAGUUAUAGACCAAGAAGAAAUAACGAUGAUGAUGAUGAUGAGGAAGAUUUGUUUGCUGACAAAUUAGGUAAAACCAAUCCGACUAACCGUCACAACAAUCAUGUUGAUGAAGAAGAGGAUUUAUUUGCUGAUAAAUUAAAACAUGCAAAUAGAGAUAGAUCUCCAACUAGAUAA